AUGUUUACACCAAUGCGCAGUGCACAGAGUGGAAUAUUUGAUGAACUCUCCACACCGCAGGAGAACAAGCAAAACUUAGUAUUAUGCGGGGUAAACACACCGCACAGUCUAAAGCAAAUUCAUGUACAGUGGGCCGUCAAACUUAUAAAAGAAUUGCAAAUAUUUACACUACAGGAGACAUACGCAGAAUUUAAAGAGAAAGAGGAUAAAGUACAGGCAAACCCUGCAUGGCACGUAUCCAGUCCCAGGGAAAAACUGAUUUACUUCCAGAAAUCAAUCAGUGAGAGAAAAGAAAAAGACUAUGCCCCGAUUAUACCAAAAAUAACACUGCUCCUGCAGGCGAUAGACAUGUACCAGGCAGAAAGCACCACUGAAGUAAGCUGGGAUGAUAUAGUCCUGCCGAAAUUAAUAGAUAUUUUAGACCAGCACAACCUAGCAAAAAUCUGGCAGAUCCCAUUUUGCUUUGAUUUCCACGAUAUGCGAUCGUGGGCCAUUGCAGUGUCAUACGAUAUCCUGAAAAAAAGGAUUCCAUGGCGUGCUGUGGUUAAAUUAGUGCGAAAAAAAGAAAUUCAUAAAGUGUUCACUGAGGAUCUGGACGAGAGUGUAGAAAACACAGAUCUGCUUAUAUCCUUAAGCACGGAAAUAGACCUGAAUAGACUAACAAAGGAAUCAGGCCAAUCACAAAAAACAUCAAUAAAAUACUUGGCAUUCUGUACAUUCUGUAAUAAAAAAGGGCACAUUGUAGAAGUGUGCAAUUCACUGCAAAAGCAUAAAAGACAGAAAAGCACCGAGUAUACACUUGCAAACUACCAAUUCAUUGGAGGAGGUGGACGACCAUUAAAAAACCCGUCAUUUAUAUACAAAGAAAUUGUUUUUUCUGGGCAUUCAAUUACAGGGAGGCACAGCACUGGAUCAGAUGUAAACCUGCUCAGCUGGCAGAUGUACAAUAAGAUUGCAAUAAAAACAGGAGCCGUGAAGAUAAAACCCCAUAAUUACGUAAUAAAAGAUGGAGUGGGCGGAAGAAUUCCAUCUACUUCUUAUAUGGAAGGAAGUGUUCAUUAUAAGAAGAAGUGCGUGGGCGUACACCGAUUUUUUAUAAUUAAUACAGAUGAUGAGGCAGAGGCAGAUAAUAUAUUUGGUCUAUCCCUACUACAGGCACUCACAAAGGUUGACGGACUUACAGUUGAAAAUAUUUCCGAGUGUGAGCUGCUGAGUGGUUCAGCAAGUGGCAGUGGAAGAUCUGUGCGGUAGAAUGCAAAAAUAAUUUUAGGGAAUUUCAGAUUAUUUCUGGUAGCUUUAUUUUUAAAUAUUGCAUUUGCCUGCUGUAGUGAUGACUCUGCCUAAUCAUCGGACUCGUCAUCUGAUUUUUGAUUUUCUUGUAUGGCUUGGGAGAGUGCUUCUAGUGUGGUGUACUUGAUUUGUGAACCAAUUGCUCGCUGUAUUGAUAAGAGGUCCAUUUUGUCUGACUCGCCUGUUGAGAAAGUGAUAGAUACACCUGCUCUAUUAAACCUGCCUGUACGACCAAUUCUGUGAACGUAUGUCUCAAUGUCCACUGCUCCAGACUGUUUUCUUGGUAUGUCGUAAUUGACUGCUAGGUUAAGCUGGGGCACGUCUAGUCCUCUGCUCAGUACAUUUGUAGUGACAAGUGCUUUUGUUUUACCACUCUUAAAAUCAGAAAUCACCUGGUCUCUCUGGCUCUUUAAUAACUGCCCAUGCAGUACAUCGGCAUCAAAUCCGUCCUUUUUCAGAUUUUGCUGCACUAAUUCUGCCUUGUUUCUUGUGUGCACAAAAACUAUUGACUGUCCUAUAGACAUCAUUUCGUAUAGUUUAAGAAGAGUUUUUGUUUUCUGGUUCUCGCUCAUUUCCAUGUAAAACUGUGUUAUGUUGUCUGGUUUAAUGUUUGUCUCUUCUAAAUACCAGGUUUUGAUGCUCUUAGAGAGCAUUGCAAUCACUUCCUUCAUCUUUACACUGAAUGUGGCACUGAAUAAAACCAAUUGCUUGUUCUUUAUCUUUUUUACCACAGACACUGUCUGCCCA